GGGAUGAGACCGAGACCAGAAAGAAAACGGUUCGGCCUCCUCCUCCUUCCUCCCUUCCUCGAGCCCCGACCCCUUCUCUUCUCCCCCCUCCGCCGCGGCCGCCCCCGGUCCCCGCCCGCCUCCGAGAUCCGGCCUCCUCCGUCCUCGGUGACAUCCAGCUCUGCCCGAGAUCCGACGCCAGUUCGUCCACAGGCUGAUCCACCGCCGCGUCACGACAACGGGCCCCGCGGCAAACGAGCAAUGGACCGAGUCGGCAGCGGCGAGAAGCACCUCGAGGACUGCACCGUCGCCAAUGCCCUCGGAACUUGGGUCUUCUCUGUUGCUGGUGCUCUCCUUGCCAUUCCUGUGGGCAUAAAGAGGAAGUCCUUCGCUCCGCUGGUGUUCUUCGGCACUACUGGAACUAUGCUUGACAUCAUCAUGGGCAUUAGCCAGUGUGAGAGGGAGCAUGCUGAGCGGCAGAUGAAGCUUUUAGAAGCGCAAAACCUUGCAAUGAAUGCUUCAGUAGAUGGUGAAAGCUUGACUGAUAAGUGAAAUGUGUCCUGGUGUGAGUUUUUUUUGUUCACAACUCCUGAGUUUAAAUGUCAUGAUCCUUUGGAAACAUUGUUGUUCUUCCUAUUUCCAAAUAAUGUGUACUGAAGCAAUGAUCAGUGUGAGUCAGUGUUAGUCAAGAUGACAAUGGCCAUGUGAGUCCCUAAUGUGUUCUUGGGGUCGAUGGCAUGUGAUUAUGUUGGACUAACGAUUUAAUUGAGAAUAUUAUGCAAAUAUUUAGUCCAAUGGGUCAGGGCCCAUCA